UUUUCUUUUUGUUUUUGUUCAGUUGCCUUAGGUCCGGAGUCGGUCGAUUUAGUCUUUCAAAAUUUAAGUAGCAAACAUUUUUAGUUAAUUUUUCAGCAUGGAUAGUACCCGCAAGGCAAUGGAGAAGCUGUUGGCAGAGGUCGUGCAGAGCCACAUUCAGAGCCAGGAGGGAACUGAAAGCACAGCCACGACCCCGACAGAUACGACCACCAUAUCAAGUCCCAACACACCCAGCCAACACAGUUCCGACGCCCUCUCUGGAUUGAGCUCUAGCAACAGCAUUGGCUCUAGGUUCCACAUCGAUGGUCAGGCCAUUCUGCCGCCUCUGAUGACGGCGACGAAGCGGAGCGAUAUACAACUAUCCAAGCAUAUGGCUCUUCAGCUGGAAAAGAAGUUCGAAACGGUCAGAGUUCCAGGGGGCCAAGAGAGGAGUGAAAAGACCGGAAAUAGUAACAACUCCAUUGGCCAGAAGGCGGGGUCUGCCGCAUCUGCAGCAAACGAAGACGUACAUCUUCAGCGUCCCCAGUCUCUUGGCCUUGAAAUGGCGAAUGCAAAGGACGCCAAUAUACCCACCAUCCAGGUGAAUCCGCCCACUCCUCAGCAACAAAAGCCACAGCAGGAAAAUUCCAAGUCGCUGGGCAGUUCCGUGCUGACGGUCCAUCAGCGCAGGUUGAACAAUAUCACAAAUUGUAUCCUGCACUUUGAGCGGGAAGGCCUGGGUAGGAUGCUGCCACCCGCAACCGACUCCCUACCAUCCACAUCGACCGAGCCGGCCACUGUGGUGUGGCAGGGGCAGGAGAUACUGGACACAAGUACAACACCCUCACUGACACAGCCCUCGUCGAGCCAUACGUUCAAAUUGAAUGGUGCUGGUGGCUGUCCCGUUCAACGAUCUCGAUCGUUUACCCUGGAGGAGCCGUCCAAGGUUCUGGUGGAGCACAUGCAGCGCAAGGCGGAUGCGGAGGCCCGAGAUCGGGAACAGGCCCACUUUCAGCGGGAGACGGUUGAGUCAAAGGCAAAGCGGGUGAGCCGCAGUCCCAAGAGCCGCAGCAGCACCCAGAUCAGCGGCUGCCUUCGAUUGUGUCCCGUCAGACCCAACCAACAGGAGCAACCAGCAAGCCAGCAGACGGAAAUGUCGCGCCAAGAGCAGCCAAACCUGGACGAAGAGAUCGAACUCAUGAUCGAGCGCAUCUUGAACGAGCAACAGCUGGACCAUGUGAACCACGUGGAUGAACUGCGAAGCUACCUCCGGACACACAAAAACCGAUUCAAUCAGCUGGUUCAGUAUCAGCAUGAGGAGCUCCUGCGCAUGCAGGGAGAGUUUGAUCGCCAGCAGAAGUUCCUCAUCAACCAGAUUUGCGGAGAAAUAGACUUGUCGGUCUAUCGCGACGGUCUCUCCAAACAGCUGUCGGAGUACACCAGCACCCGGUCUCUGGAGCGGCACCUGGGCAGCAGCUCGCAGGGCGAUGAGCCCAUUAGCAACAGCAUGGCCACUACAAGUGGUGGCAGCUGCACGUCGCCGAACCACACAAUAACCAUCUCGCCCACAGUGGCGUCGCCGCGUACCCCAGACUCUUACUAUUCCGCACCCAUGGCGGACCGCUGCAUACCUACUCCCCCACCACGCCAGCAGUCCUCACGCAAGUGCCUUUUCAAGAUGGACGAGGUGGUUUCGAAGAGUUUAAGUUUGAGUUCAGACUACGAUCCGCAGCCACUCUCCGGGACUAGUGCUCCGAGCACGCCACGCUCCGGCCAGAUGCCGCUACGCAACAGCAGCCUCAGCAACAGUAAGCGUUCAGUAGCCAAGGCUUUUGCGCCCAAAAACCGGACUGCAUCUGCCCCACAAAAGAGCAGCAACGGCAGACCCAAUUCAGGACCGGGAUCCACGAAAGCUCCAGUGCAGCGCGUCGUGGGUGGCGGUGGAGGAAGUGUCGGCCGCACAGGUCCUAAGAAGACUACACCAGGAGGCGUCAAUGCAGCCGAAACCAGGGCCCAAAGCACUGCCCGACGUCUGCCCAGUCGUGGUCCGACCCAGGGACAGCAUGGGCAGCAGCUGCAGCAGGGUAGUUCAUCAAAAGCCAGGAAGACAACGUCAACGCCCAUGCGCGGACGCAAUGAGGAGGCUGCGGCAAGCUGCAUCAAUGCCGGUGUGCGGGGCUAUCUCGUGCGUCGUCUCUUUCGCACAGAGCAAGUGCAGCGUGUGGUCCAGACCAUACGCGACACCCUCAUCUUUGUGCUCAAUCUGCACCUGGAGACCUACGGCACCAGUCUUGACGAGGAGGAGCCCGGCAACAUACGCCUGAAGGCGCGUCUCCUACAGCAGCUCUGUUCGGCCAGUCGCACUCUCCACCUGAUAUUCUUCCAGACGAGCGUCCAAGAGCGCAUGGAGAUAAUAUCGAGGGAUCGCAAACGCAUCCGAACCAAGCUCCUGGCCAUGCAUCUAAAGCAGCGCUGAGAGGCUGGCGUCGCUUCGAAGCUUUCGCUUGCCGCCAAACUUUACGAAAUGGAACGACUGAAAGCUUUUGCCUCCCCACCUACCUACCACCACAGCA